AGGGCAGACGCUGGAGGACGGGCGGGGCCCGAUAGCCCUCCCCGGGGGCGGCGCCCACCCCAGCCCGACGCUGCUGAGCCCCAGGACUGACGGAGACGCCAGAAGCCAGGGCACCGGUCACUCCCAGCAAGUGGUGUUACAGAAAGAUGCCAGUCCGCAGGGGCCACGUUGCUCCCCAAAACACUUACUUGGACACCAUCAUCCGCAAGUUUGAGGGCCAGAGUCGUAAGUUCCUGAUUGCCAAUGCACAGAUGGAGAACUGUGCCAUCAUCUACUGCAAUGAUGGCUUCUGCGAACUCUUCGGCUACUCCCGUGUGGAGGUGAUGCAGCGACCCUGUACCUGUGACUUCCUCACUGGCCCGAACACUCCGAGCAGUGCUGUGUCCCGCCUGGCGCAGGCCCUGCUUGGGGCUGAAGAGUGCAAGGUGGACAUCCUCUACUAUCGCAAGGAUGCCUCCAGCUUCCGCUGCCUGGUGGAUGUGGUCCCUGUGAAGAACGAGGAUGGGGCUGUCAUCAUGUUCAUCCUCAAUUUCGAGGACCUGGCCCAGCUCCUGGCCAAGAGCAGCAGCCGCAGCCUGACCCAACGUUUGUUGUCACACAGCUUCCUGGGCUCUGAGGGCUCUCACAGCAGGCCAAGCGGACAGGGGCCUGGUCCAGGCAGGGGCAAGUAUGGAACUGUCAGCCAGAUCCCGCAGUUCACGCUCAGCUUUGUGGAGUUCAACCUGGAGAAGCACCGCUCAGGCUCCACCACAGAGAUUGAGAUCAUCGCUCCCCACAAGGUGGUGGAGCGGACACAGAAUGUCACUGAAAAGGUCACGCAGGUCCUGUCCCUGGGUGCAGAUGUGCUGCCAGAGUACAAGCUGCAGGCACCGCGCAUUCACCGAGGUACCAUUCUGCACUACAGCCCCUUCAAGGCUGUAUGGGACUGGCUCAUCUUGCUCUUAGUCAUCUAUACAGCGGUCUUCACGCCCUACUCUGCUGCCUUUCUGCUUAGCGACCAGGACGACUCACAGCGUGGUACCUGCGGCUAUACCUGCAGCCCGCUCACCGUGGUGGACCUCAUCGUGGAUAUCAUGUUUGUGGUGGAUAUUGUCAUCAACUUCCGAACCACCUACGUCAACACUAAUGACGAGGUGGUCAGCCACCCCCGACGAAUCGCCGUCCACUAUUUCAAGGGCUGGUUCCUCAUUGACAUGGUGGCUGCCAUCCCUUUUGACUUGCUUAUCUUCCGCACUGGCUCAGAUGAGACCACCACCCUGAUCGGGUUACUGAAGACGGCGCGCCUCCUACGGCUGGUGCGCGUGGCCCGGAAGCUGGACCGCUAUUCUGAAUACGGGGCCGCCGUACUCUUCCUGCUCAUGUGUACUUUUGCGCUCAUUGCGCACUGGCUGGCCUGUAUCUGGUACGCCAUCGGCAAUGUGGAGCGACCCUACUUGGAGCCCAAGAUUGGUUGGCUGGACAGCCUGGGCGCGCAGCUUGGCAAGCACUAUAACGGCAGCGACCCAGCCUCGGGACCCUCUGUCCAAGACAAGUAUGUCACCGCCCUCUACUUCACCUUCAGCAGCCUCACUAGUGUGGGCUUCGGCAAUGUGUCACCCAACACCAACUCUGAGAAGGUCUUCUCUAUCUGCGUCAUGCUCAUUGGCUCACUUAUGUACGCCAGCAUCUUUGGCAACGUGUCGGCCAUCAUCCAGCGCCUGUACUCAGGCACGGCUCGCUACCACACUCAGAUGCUGCGGGUCAAGGAGUUCAUCCGCUUCCACCAGAUCCCCAACCCACUGAGGCAGCGCCUGGAAGAGUAUUUCCAGCACGCCUGGUCCUACACCAAUGGCAUCGACAUGAACGCGGUGCUGAAAGGCUUCCCUGAGUGCCUGCAGGCGGACAUCUGCCUGCACCUGCACCGCGCUCUGUUGCAGCACUGCCCCGCCUUCCGCGGCGCCAGCAAGGGGUGCCUGCGCGCGCUCGCCGUCAAGUUCAAGACCACGCACGCGCCGCCUGGGGACACGCUGGUGCACCUGGGCGACGUGCUUUCCACUCUCUACUUCAUCUCCCGCGGCUCCAUCGAGAUCCUGCGCGAUGACGUGGUCGUGGCCAUUCUAGGGAAGAAUGACAUCUUUGGGGAGCCUGCCAGUCUCCAUGCCAGACCAGGCAAAUCAAGCGCCGAUGUGCGUGCCCUGACCUACUGCGACCUGCACAAGAUCCAUCGAGCAGACCUGCUGGAGGUGCUGGACAUGUACCCCGCCUUUGCAGAUACCUUCUGGAAUAAGCUAGAGGUCACCUUCAACCUGCGGGACGCAGAUGGGGGUCUCCACUCAACACCCCGACAGGCCCCAGGCAACCAAGACCCCCAAGGCUUCUUCCUCAAUGACAGCCAAUCAGGUGCUGCCCCUUCCCUGAGCAUUUCAGACACAUCUGGGCUUUGGCCUGAAUUGCUACAGCAAAUGCCCCCAAGUCCCCCAAACCCACGAGAGAAGCUGGAUUGCUGGCCUCGGGAGCUAGGCUUUAAGUUAGAACAGCUCCAAGCCCAGAUGAACAGACUGGAGUCCCGCGUGUCGUCAGACCUCAGCCGCAUCCUACAGCUACUUCAGCAUCCACAGGGCCACCCCGGCUACAUCUUGGGGGCCCCUGCCUCCAGUGACCUGGCCUUGUUUCCUGAAACUUCAGUGACUCAGAGUUCAGAGUCGAUGCUUCUGGUGGGACAUCUGCCCUCUGCACAGGUAUUCCUACCUGACCUUAACUUUUCCUCGGGUUCAAGACCCUUGGAAAGGCCUGUAUACUUACCGUUUCUCCUUGCUCCUACUCUCUCUCCCCGCUUUACUUCUGAUAGACUGUCCUGAAUUUCCUCUAGAAUUUUCAGCCCUAUCUUAAGCACUAUAUAACAUGUGAAAAGGAACAAAAGGGCUCCUAACACCAGAAAAAAUUCAAGGCCAAACCUAACUUGUAAAGCCAUUUUCCACUUUACUUCUGAUAGACUGUCUUGAAUUUCCUUAGAAAGUUCAAGAUCAGACUUACCUCGUUCCCCAGCUGAAAAGUUCUGAAUUCAUACAGUUGAAUCCUUCUUAACAGUCUGCUUUACGGGAACCUUUAUCACCGUCGUUCCCCAGCUGAUGAGUUCUGAAUUCGGCAGUUGAAUCCUUCUCAACAGUCUGUGUUACGGGAACCUUUAUAAACGUGAUCCGUAGUUCUGCUUCUGAAAUGAAGUAUCCCUCCUGCGCCAGUCCGGAGUUUUUUCUCGUCCCGGAAUUCGGCACCAAUUGUUAUUCGACGCGUUCUCACGACCGGCCAGGAAGAACACAACAACCAGAAUCUUCUACGGCAAAGCUUUAUUGCUUAUAUCUUUAUCGGGCCAGAGUGUAAGAAGCAAGAGAGGGAAGCAAGAGAGAGCAAGAAGCAAGAGAGAGAAAACGAAAACCCCUUCCCUCUUUAAAGAGAACAACCAUUGCCUAGGGCGCAUCACUCCCUGAUUGGCUGCAGCCCAUGGCCGAGCUGACGUUCACGGGAAAAACAGAGUACAAGUGGUCGUAAAUACCCUUGGCUCAUGCGCAGAUUAUUUGUUUACCAACUUAGAACACAGGAUGUCAGCGCCAUCUUGUGACGGCGAAUGUGGGGGCGGCUUCCCACACACAAAAGCAAGACAGACAUCUCCUAAUCAACAACAUCUGAGACUGAUCACUGGCUUCCACAUGUACUUGACUUAUGCAUGCAUGCACUGGUGCACACACACGCACAACACACACACACACACACACACACACACCACAAUGAGAAAAUAUCCAGCCCGACCUGGAGAUAGGGGUGGGACUCCAUACACAAUAUACCCUCUUUCCUUUUGCCUUUCUCCCAGACCCUAAGCUAUGGUGAUUUGGACAAACAUAUCCGGAUGCCCAGGAAUUUCUCCCCCAGGAUACCUCACGUGGCCGCGGCAAUGGACAAAUCUCUGGUGCCGUCCUCAGAACAAGAGCAGCCCAAGGGGCUCCUGUCACCUCUGGCCUCACCUCUGUGUCCCCUGGAAGUACAGGGACUGGGUGGUCCCCACUUUUCCUCCCUCCCUGAACACCUCAGCUCCGUUCCCAAGCAGCUGGAAUUCCAGAGACACGGUUCAGAUCCUGGAUUCACAAGGAGUUAGGCCCUUUAGACCCCGGGAUAAAAGCUACCAUGAGGGAAUUUAAAUACAGCGAGGUGAGAGUUAAGCCCCCUUCCAUGGAGGGCCAGACAGCUCUCCCAUAAAACUCUGAAAACCAUUUUCUCUGAAAAACUGCAGACUGCUGAACCAGGUGACCAGGAUGGCCUGAGCAGAGAGGCCUGGGACUUGGCCCAGCCUCCCUGGGAGUCCCUAUAGUCAGCAAGCCAGGCAGAGGGCUGCUCAGGGGUAGCUCACAGGAUGUAAGAGUCAGUGGAGAAGAGAGAUGCUUCGGGUCUUCGGGAGAGUCUUGCUUGGGGCCGCACAUGAUCAGAACCACCCUCUGCCUCCAAAGCUCAGACCCAAGGCCAGGGUUGACCAGAUCUUUACCAAAAGCCUCUAAUAUGGCUGGAAUUAGAGGUUUCCUCUGUGGUGGACAUAAAAGAAAGAGCUGCAGCCCUCAGCCCCUCAGCCCCCGAGAGUCCCAUAACGAUAUCUGGGACAUGCAGUACCACAUAACUAAUAAAGCCUUGAACAUUUCAUGUUGGGCUAGGUGUGUAACCCACCCGAACAUCCUCAGGUCCGUGCCUAUGCUGGGACCUUCUCCAAACCCUUCCCGCACCCAACCUGUUGGAGACCUGAAGGUGUCUCAGCUAGGAGCAGGGGCUCCACAGCCUGAAGCUGUCUCCAGCUGAAGGGAAACAGACUCAGCCUCCUAAGUGUCCACAGAGAAUCAUGGCCAGAGACGGUGUUUGUCCAGCCCUCCACCAUCCUCUCCUGCACAUGGUUGUCCUUCUAACCCGUAGAAUAGCCUUAGGAAGUUGGUUUUACUAUCCUCAUAUGAAAGGUCUUGGGUCAGUAGCAGAGAGACUAUGGCACUUACCAGAGUGUGAGCAGGCCUUCUGGGCACGUCAGUAUUUGCUUUCUGCUCUGGUGAUGUGUUCCGGUUAGAAAAACAUGUGUGCUCCCAUAUGUAAAUGACAUUUCAAUAAAAAGUUAAACUCAACACACUAGAAAAAGGAGAACACGGUUUCAACCCACACUGCCUCGCUUGAGAGACCUGUUAAAACAUCGUUGCUUGUCAGAUAAUUCUAAUCUGUCCUCCUCAGCCCAUUUUUCCUUCCUUUUGCAAUUUCUAUUUGAUGCCCCAGAGUCUGUUAGUGAGUUUAUGAGCACACAUUCGCAAGUGUUUAUACAAGCUAAAACGUUAAAGUUAACUUUUCUGUUGGGCGUGGUGGCGCAUGCCUUUAAUCCCAGCACUCAGGAGGCAGAGACAGGCGGAUUUCUGAGUUCAAGGCCAGCCUGGUCUACAAAGUGAGUUCCAGGACAGCCAGGGCUAUACAGAGAAACCCUGUCUCGAAAAAACAAAACAAAACAAAAAAGACCUGUUCCGUAAAAUAGAUAGAUAGACCUCCGCUAAGAUUGUACUACAAGACCAUUAUUAACCCACUGAAAAAUCAGAAAUGAUGUAACCAAUAGAAAACUAUGGACCAAAUUUCCUGAUAUGCACAGAAAUAAAACGUUUCAAUAAAAUACA